AUAAAAUCCAAAAAACAUUUACAGACAGAGGAACCGAGGUUGAGCCUUUCAUAAAGGGUUCAAAGGGAAAGGAAGAACCCAAAUUUGUAUACGCAACCCUUUGUUCCUUUCUCCUUUAAUUCAUAGCUCUGAUUCUGAAUUCACUCCCACACACAAACCAUGGUGGCAGAUGCUAAGUCCAAAUCCGAUAUCUCUUUCGGCAAAACCUUCGCCAGCAGUGCUUUCUCUGCAUGUUUCGCUGAGGUGUGUACUAUUCCUCUGGACACUGCUAAAGUGAGGCUUCAGCUUCAAAAACAAGCUGCAGCUGGUGAUGUAGUCUCCUUACCUAAAUAUAAGGGUAUGCUGGGAACAGUUGCAACCAUUGCCAGGGAAGAAGGUCUUUCAGCACUCUGGAAGGGCAUUGUGCCAGGGUUACAUCGUCAAUGUUUGUAUGGAGGUUUAAGAAUUGGUUUAUAUGAGCCUGUUAAGACUUUCUAUGUGGGGCGAGACCAUGUUGGAGAUGUUCCAUUGUCAAAGAAAAUUCUUGCCGCUUUUACAACUGGUGCUGUGGCAAUUGCAGUGGCAAAUCCAACUGACCUUGUCAAAGUUAGACUUCAAGCUGAAGGAAAAUUACCUCCUGGUGUUACCAGGCGCUACUCUGGAUCUUUAAAUGCUUAUUCAACAAUUGUGAGACAGGAAGGAGUUGGGGCUCUCUGGACUGGGCUUGGCCCCAAUAUAGCAAGAAAUGCUAUUAUCAACGCUGCUGAACUAGCCAGCUAUGAUCAAGUGAAACAGACUAUUUUGAAAAUUCCAGGAUUCACUGACAAUGUUGUAACUCAUCUCCUUGCUGGUCUUGGGGCAGGGUUUUUUGCUGUCUGCAUUGGUUCCCCAGUUGAUGUGGUCAAGUCGAGAAUGAUGGGAGAUUCUAGUUACAAAAGCACUCUUGAUUGUUUCAUCAAAACAUUAAAGAAUGAUGGACCCUUCGCCUUUUAUAAAGGCUUCCUCCCAAAUUUUGGACGGCUAGGAUCUUGGAACGUGAUCAUGUUUCUAACCCUUGAACAGACUAAAAAGUUCGUCAAAAGUUUAGAGUCGUCAUGAGCUCAAUCACCUUGAGGAUUUUCUGAGGGGACAUGUAACUGCAAAUGCAGUGGAAAAUUGUAGAGGAAAAGGUCCCUAUCUCGUCAUUUUGCUAAAUGGGAUGUAGUUAAACAUUGUUUUGUGAGAAAAUAAGGUAAAAGUAAAAUCAAUGAGAAUAUGUUAUUCAUAUAUACUAGCGUUUUGCAAUUGCCAUAUAUUCUGAACCGACCUAGAACAUGACAUUCUUUUCAAAUCUGGUGGGGUUCAAGCCUCAAAAUCAAUGUAUCAAAAUCAAUGUAUGAUUCAAAUAUUUAAACUCAACAAUAUGAGAAUAGUCUUGUAACUAAUAGUGGUUUUGAGUUC